AUGGAUAUUCCUGAGCUUAAUAGCAUGAAAAAAUUUGAAAUCCUUGCCCUUGUAGGGGAAGGAUCAUACGGAAUGGUGUUUAAGGGCAGAAACAUUGAAACAAAAGAAAUUGUGGCCCUAAAGAAAUUUAAAGACAGUAGGGAUCUCGAAGAAGCACUGCUAGAGCUGCAAAUGCUUCAAUCUUUGAAACAUGAAAACAUAGUUGAGUUUAAAGAAGCAUUUAGAAGUAAGGAAGAAUUAUACAUUAUAUUAGAGUAUAUUGAAAAAUCUAUGAUUGACGUGCUACAACAAAUGCCUAAUGGAGUUCCAGCAGAUAAAAUUAACAACUAUUCAUACCAGUUGAUAAAGGCAAUAGACUGGUGCCACAAAAAUAAUAUUGUACAUAGAGAUCUGAAACCAGAUAAUGUUUUAAUUAGUGAAAAUAACACCAUCAAACUCUGUGACUUUGGGCUUGCAAGAAAAAUGUCAGAGAUCAGCAAUGUCCAAAACUCCUAUGUGGCAACUCGGUGGUACCGAUCCCCAGAGAUCAUUGUCGGGGCACCAUAUGGAAAAGCAGCUGAUAUGUGGUCAGUAGGCUGCAUCAUAGGAGAACUCAGUGAUGGGAAGACACUGUUUCCUGGCAAAAGUCAUAGUGAUCAGCUUUUGGCAAUACAGAAAGUUUUAGGACCACUACCAACAGAACAGCAGAUUAUCUUCCACAAAAAUCCUUUUUUCUAUGGAACGUCCUUCCCAGCCGUAAGCAGCUCUAACUCUUUGGAAAACAGAUACCAGGGCGUUAUAAGCAGUACUUUAUUUGAUCUCCUGAAGAAUUUGUUGCAACUUAGACCAUCUGAAAGAUGCCUGUCAGAAGAGUGUUUGAAACACCCAGUAUUUUGUCUGCAGAGACUCUUGGGUCAACUUGACAGGACAGUUUCAAGGCAAUAA